AUGUCCGAAAUCAACGUCACCGCGGUUCUAUCUCCAAAGCCAGAAAAGUUUGAAGAAUUCAAAUAUCUAAUAUAUCGUGUUGUCCUCCAGGUAGCUACUCUUAUAACCGAAGUCGUCAAACAGGUGCAAGAACACGAACCCGAUACAUUGCUUUACUAUGCAUUUCAAAUCAAGGACAAGAAUGAGAUUGUGAUUGUUGAGAGGUACAAGGACCAGUCAGCGAUCCAGACCCACGUCAAAUCUCCCUAUUUCCGAUCCUUUGCAGGAAAAUUAUCCACUUUGUUGGUAAAGCCAUCGGAGAUCAGGGCAGGUGGGUUCCUGAGUGGUUCGAGGGGCGUAUCGCGACUAUAG